GCCGAGCCGAGCUGGGUCGGGCCCGGGCCAUGCUGCUCACCGUGUACUGUGUGCGGAGGGACCUCUCCGAGGUGACCUUUUCCCUCCAGGUCGACGCAGACUUCGAGCUGCACAACUUCCGCGCGCUGUGCGAGCUCGAGUCCGGCAUCCCCGCAGCGGAGAGCCAGAUUGUCUAUGCUGAAAGACCUCUCACAGACAACCACAGAUCGCUGGCUUCCUACGGCUUGAAAGAUGGGGACGUUGUGAUUUUACGACAGAAGGAGAACGCCGACCCUCGACCUCCGGUGCAGUUCCCAAACUUACCCCGCAUAGACUUCCGUAGUAUAGCUGUGCCCGGCACGUCAGGCUCCCGUCAGCGCCAGCCACCAGCACAGCAUUCCCACUCAUCUCCUGGAGACAUAGCUUCAUCUCCUCAGGGCUUGGACAAUCCGGCCUUGCUCCGAGACAUGUUGCUGGCCAACCCCCAUGAGCUGUCCUUGCUGAAGGAACGCAACCCGCCCUUGGCAGAUGCUCUGCUCAGUGGAGACCUUGAGAAAUUUUCUAGGGUCCUGGUGGAGCAGCAGCAGGACCGAGCCCGGAGAGAGCAAGAAAGGAUUCGUCUCUUUUCUGCUGACCCUUUUGAUCUUGAAGCUCAGGCAAAAAUAGAAGAAGAUAUAAGGCAACAGAACAUUGAGGAAAACAUGACGAUAGCUAUGGAAGAGGCUCCUGAAAGUUUUGGCCAAGUAGUGAUGCUUUAUAUUAACUGCAAAGUGAACGGACACCCUGUGAAAGCCUUCGUUGACUCAGGUGCCCAGAUGACUAUUAUGAGCCAAGCUUGUGCAGAAAGGUGUAACAUAAUGAGGCUGGUGGACCGUCGGUGGGCAGGGAUCGCCAAAGGAGUGGGCACCCAGAAGAUUAUUGGAAGGGUACAUCUAGCUCAGGUUCAGAUUGAAGGUGAUUUCCUGGCGUGUUCGUUCUCUAUACUUGAGGAGCAGCCCAUGGACAUGCUUCUGGGACUGGACAUGCUAAAGCGGCAUCAGUGUUCCAUUGACCUCAAGAAAAAUGUGCUCGUGAUCGGCACCACCGGCUCUCAGACCACCUUCCUCCCCGAGGGAGAGUUACCGGAGUGUGCCCGGUUGGCAUACGGGGCUGGGCGAGAGGACGUGCGGCCGGAGGACAUUGCGGACCAGGAACUAGCAGAAGCUCUUCAAAAGUCCGUAGAGGACGCAGAGCGUCAGAAGCCAUGAUGCAUGUAGUGUGUGUGUACUGCAGCUGGAGUGGGCCCCAGACCAGAGAAAAGCGGUAAAGAAACUACCUCACUGGGAAUGUCAUCAUUACCAACUUCAGAUGGAUGUAACCAUCCAGCCCAUCCUUUAGGACAGAGUCCUGAGAUUGGUAAUCCUAUGAGUCUUGCUCACUCUGUCUCUGCUUCAGUCUGCCCUAUCAAGCCCAGUGACCCGGACAGCAUCGAACCUAAAGCUGUGAAGGCUUUGAAGGAUUCCGCUGAAUUCCAGAUAACCUCUGAAAAGAAAGAACAUCUUCCUCUCCAGGAUCUUCCUGAUCGUGCUUCUUCAGCAGACCACAGUCCAGCCCUGCCUUUGCAGAAUUCCUCCGAAGAAGCCAUCAUUGCUGAUAACAUGGAGAAAUCUGCUGAAAGAAGCACCCAGGGCCCGAGAUCUCAUCCUCACACAAGACAGCAAGGUAGUGUACCUGUCACAGCCACUAGGGUACAAGAACCACUGGGGCUUCUAGGUGGGAAGGGUCGGCAUCCAGAAAGUCAGAACCUGCCUCAGGUGAGUGACCUUCGGUGGCACAAGGAACCAGGGAAUGAACAGCAUGGGGUUGGACAACAGAAUGCUCUAAAUGACCAAGAGCAUCUCUGUGACACAGAGGACUCUGAGCGGUUUGGAGAAAGGCAACAGAAUCAGCAAAGAAGUGUUGAUUUGGAAACGGCAGUGAAAGGAGACGGGCUACAACAGAAUGUGGACCUUCCGGGUACAGAAGAAAAUACUCUACCUUCAGGGUGCUUUGGCUGCUCGAAUUCAGAAACACUUAUGGAAGUAGAUACGGUUGAAGAAUCCCUCGUCGCUCUCUGUAAUUCCGCACGUGGUCAGCAGGCCAGUGUCAGGGACAUCGGGGCAUCUGCUCUCAGCUUUGAUAAUCCCUUGAUGGAAGUGGAACCAUCAAAAUGUAACCCUUCGUCUGAAAUUUUGAGUAAUUCCAUUUGCACUCAGGAUUUACAGCUCCCAGACAGUAACAUUGAAAUGUCUGGAACAGGUAAAGAAGAUGGGGAUUGCUCCCCCUCUUUAAGUCUUUGUGGCAGUUGUCAGCCCUCUGUGGAGUCAGCGGAGGAAUCCUGCUCAUCUCUAACAGUAGCCUUGAAGGAACUCCAUGAGCUUCUGGUCAUUAGUAAUAAACCAGCUUCAGAAAAUACAUCUGGGGAAGUUAUCUGUCAGUCUGAAAUGGUAACCGAGGGCCAAACAGUUAUUAAGGACCUUUCUGAAAGAUGGACCCAACGUGAGCAUCUUACAGUUACCCAGAAUGAAGAGAGUUCACAAGUCACCUUUCAUCAGACCAUAUCUGUAUCGGAGAGGGCAGAGAAGUUACCAGAUGCUUCAGAUGGUGCUGGAGUAGAUACAGUCGAAAGUAGUACCGUUGGGGAUCCGGGUGAUAGCCUAGUAACGGAUAAGGAAAGUGACCCCGAGUCUAGGGAAUCCAGAAGGGAGAGCAGCUCUGCCACUCUGGCCUCCACUAAAACGUCACAUCAGUCACACUGCACCGUAGGUGUGGACAUUGCCCCCAAACUCGUAGCAGGCGAGGAGGAUGCAGUCAGUCACACUUGCGAGCAAACGAGGUAUGAAACCAGUUUCAUACUGGCUGAAGAUUUGGGUCAGGGCACACAGAAGCCAGUGCCAGACAGGCCAGAGACCAGAGAAGACGUCUGUCCCGAAGCUGCAGAGCCACGUCUUGAAUUUGAACCACCUCCCAGCCAGCCAUCAGCAAGUCCCUCCAUCCUUUCACCAUUAAUUUUUCCCGCCGCAGACAUUGACCGCAUUCUCCGCGCCGGCUUCACUUUGCAGGAAGCUCUUGGGGCUUUGCAUCGAGUUGGUGGAAAUGCAGACCUUGCACUUCUUGUUUUGCUAGCAAAGAACAUUGUAGUUCCUACAUAACCAUGGAGCAGGGGGCUAGAUCGUACUCCAUUCCCUUCAAAAAAGCUAUACACACACGUACACACUCACCACAUACACAGUAUAUGUAGAAACCUGCAAGCAGAAUGUUGAGCCAGAUUUUUUUUAAAGAUUUUUUUCGGCCAAAGUAACUUAUCUCUUGUCUGAUGAAUUUGUCUAUUCUCUUUGUUAAAAUUUGGGCCUUUUUAAAUGUAUUGGCAGUAUGUGCAUACAGAAGCUUUUUAUUAUCAUUAAGAUGAUGUAUUCUGGAAUAAAAUUGAUGGUUUUGUGUAUAGCAUACCAUUUUAGAAUGAGAGUGAAUGCUUUAAAAAGCAGAAGCCAUGAGAAAUCCCACCACCCGUGCAGCUAAAAGCAGAUCAACUUCCCGUUUUGGCUGUGUCUGUGCUGUAGGCAAGGUAUGGCUUGUCUCAGUUGUCCAUUUGCAAACUGGAUCACUUGGUUUGGUGUUUGGAAUUACACUUAGUGCUCUGUGUAUUGAUGAUUCAUCAGUUACGACAGGAAAUUGAAGGAUAAUUGAAUAGUAUUUCCUAGAGUGGUAUGUUUUUAUUCGUGUGAUUAGGAUUUGACCUUUUUAUGGGAGGGUUUAGAACUUGGGCUGCUUUGUGCAUCAUAGGCUGCUGCAUGGAUUGCCAAGUGUUUGGGGUGGGACACUGCGGGGGGUGGGGAUGUCCGCAUCAGAGUGAAACAUGGUGCUACCCAGACAGGAAAGGGACGAGUCUGUAAUUCCAUUUGCAAAUGUCUUGGUGAUGCUUCAGGAAUCACAAGUGAAAAAUGGCCGAGAAACACUGGAAUUGACUAGAGAGAGGGUCUGUUAGCAUCUUAACUGCUCAUCCCUCAACCCUUAGUGAUGAUGAUGAACUUAAAGAUCGCUAGUGGGUUGAUUGCCAGCAGUUGAUUUCCUUUCGAAGCUCAUCGACUAGGAACUUCUUCUAAAGCUCAGGUUGAGCUGUGAUCUGAGUGGAAUAUUGCAAAGCGGGAUAACCUUGUCACUGGUUCACCUUGGUGCUUGGAAUGGUCAGUCUCUGUGUUAAUGUCCUUCAUGGCACCGGAAAUAGUAACUGCAGUUUCUGACUGAAGUGGCCUUGGUAGAGAUUUCCAUCCCUUUCUUUCCUCAGGAGUUUCUUUUUUAAAGCAAGACGCGUCAUAUUUGUGUUUACCAUGUCAAGGUAGAGUGGGGCAUAGUAUAUAGAUGUAUUUAUUGUGGCCUUUUUUUAUAUGAGGACUAGCCCUCGGAAACCAUUGUCCUGUGGGCCCCACUGUGCAAUAAUCCUACUGGAUAGAUUUUAGGUAGUUUUUCCUGGAAAAUAAACUCUCUUAUGUACCUAGCAGGAAUCUGAAAUCUUGGUUUUACUGAAAAGAAUUUUGAGAACGACUCCCGAUUCCAAGUUGUAGUUCGUAAUGUGUUCAAAACAGAUGUUUUGAAAGGGUGAUUCGUGAACUCAGUGUUAAAUGAUUUUGUCUAAAGUCUUACUCUCUUUGGAAGUUUAUUCUUUCCCUCAAAAUUCGAGUCAUUGAGCACAAUCAGAAUGGAGGCUCAUAUCUCAGGAGUUUUUGAAAUUUUAAUUUGGGGGGGGGCGCUUAGAGACGUUUCUCUUCUACCCUAUUCCAUCUUCUUUUCCUUUGCUGCGAUGUAUGUGUGUGUGUGUGUGUGAUGAGACUUUAGUGAUGUGAUGGAAAGUCACAGAGAUUCAUCAUGACCCUCUGAGUUGACAUGGUUGACAGAAGGAGUUGUGGUUUUACUGUUUUCCAGAGGGCGCUUAGAACAGGGGGUCAGCCAGGUGGUCUUUGACAUUUUCUUUUAGACAAUUACAUGUUGCAGACCCUUUUGCCUGCCCCACACCAAAGACAUAAGAUGCACUAGGAAACUGCAUAUAGGAUUUCUGUCAACCGACUCUUAGAGCUGUGAUUGUAAUUAAGUAGUUGGUGCUAUGAUUGAAGCAAAAUCUAGUAGCAAUGCAACAGCCCCUGUAUUUGCUUUAUGGGUGGUAAUUGGGAAUUUACUCUAAGCUUAUAAAUCUUUAAGUGGGAUUGGUGAGAGGUAGGGGAAGUUAUCGGUGACAACAGACUCCUCCUAAAAGGCCUCUGUGUGAAGCUGGGCCGCCUCGUCUUCUGUCUGGGCAGUGGCGCACUGCUCAGAGGUAAGGCCACUCCGUUUUUACAGUGCAGAGAUUUGGGUGGGAUAUAGAAUAUCAGCCCAGAAAAGGUUUUAUUAUAAUAGCUUUUUACAUAUGUAUAUUUAUUUUUAGGAGAAAAUUGAAUAGGCCUAUAGUUGUACACAUAUUCUUGUUAGGAGUCCUUUGAAUGAAUGAGCUGAACCCACUUGCCAAAUAUCCUUGUCCUUUGUCAUCAUUUAUUUUUCAACGUAUAAUUGCUUUCGAUUUUUCAAAACCGUAUUUCCUGCUCCAUUAUUUGUAUGAAAGUGAAGUCGUCGACAUUGUUAGGAUUUUGAAUCAUUUUUAAAUUUUGCAGUUCUUAAAACACAAAGGGAAUUAAGGAACAUGACACUAGUGAACCUUCAUGGUCAGUUUUACUGAAAGUGCAGAAAUUCAGGGCACCUGCCUGGCUCAGUCGGAAGAAUGUGCAACUCUCGAUCUC